ACUGACAUUCCCCACCGGAUCGAUCCUCUCGCGCUGACUCGCCGCCCGCGCCGCUGCACCAUGGACGCUCCGAGGCAGGUGGUCAACUUCGGGCCCGGGCCCGCCAAGCUGCCGCGCUCGGUAUUGUUAGAGAUACAAAAAGAAUUAUUAGACUACAAAGCAGUUGGGAUUAGUGUUCUUGAAAUGAGCCACAGAUCAGCAGAUUUCGCUAAGAUUAUUAACAACACAGAGAAUCUUGUGCGGGAAUUGUUAGCUGUUCCAGACAACUACAAAGUGAUUUUUGUGCAAGGAGGUGGGUGUGGCCAGUUCAGUGGUGUCCCGUUAAACCUGAUUGGCCUGAAAGCAGGAAGGUGUGCUGACUAUGUGGUGACAGGAGCUUGGUCAGCUAAGGCUGCAGAAGAAGCCAAGAAGUUUGGGACUGUGAAUAUCGUCCACCCUAAACUUGGGAGUUAUACGAAAAUUCCGGAUCCCAGCACCUGGAACCUCAGCCCGGACGCCUCCUAUGUGUAUUACUGCGCCAACGAGACCGUGCACGGAGUGGAGUUUGGCUUUAUACCUGAUGUCAAGGGAGCGGUGCUGGUUUGUGACAUGUCCUCAAACUUCCUCUCCAAGCCAGUGGAUGUUUCCAAGUUUGGUGUGAUUUUUGCUGGUGCGCAGAAGAACGUCGGCUCUGCGGGGGUCACGGUGGUGAUCGUCCGCGAUGACCUGCUGGGGUUCGCCCUCAGAGAGUGCCCCUCGAUCCUGGACUACAAAGUGCAGGCCGGAAACAACUCCUUGUACAAUACACCUUCGUGCUUCAGCAUCUACGUCAUGGGCUUGGUCCUGGAGUGGAUUAAGAACAACGGUGGUGCAGCAGCCAUGGAGAAGCUUAGCUCCGUCAAAUCGCAGAUGAUUUACGAUAUUAUUGAUAACUCUCAAGGAUUCUAUGUGUGUCCAGUGGAGCCGCAGAAUAGAAGCAAGAUGAAUAUUCCAUUCCGCAUUGGCAAUGCCAAAGGAGAUGAAGCUUUAGAGAAAAGAUUUCUCGAUAAAGCUCUUGAACUCGAUAUGAUCUCCUUGAAAGGGCACAGGUCUGUGGGAGGCAUCCGUGCCUCUCUGUAUAAUGCCGUCACCAUCGAAGAUGUUCGGAAGCUGGCAACCUUCAUGAAGAAGUUUUUGGAGAUGCAUCAGCUAUGAACACAUCCUAACCAAUAUAUACUCUGCCCUUGAACAACGUACAAAAUUUAAAGUAACUUGGGAGAGGCUACAAAAACUUAAACACGGUAUUUUUCUCAAAUGAACAUGUUUAUUAUAGAUUCUUCUUUUGUUUUUAAAGAACAGCAAAACAUCCACAGCUGUGCAAAGCUGGUGGGACUUAACAGAAAUCUUAAUCUAACUUGAACUGGAAGCAUUUAAAAAAUCUUCCUCUUGUAUUUCUAACGAAUUCCAGCUUAUGUUGUCUUUGCUGCUACUUUUUCUAGCUAGAUCUCAGUAUUCAAACUUGCCUGUGCGCUUAAUUAUGCAGAUUUCAGUUAAUUGUUUCUGGAGACACACAAACACACAGCAUGGAGGGUGGGUGGGGCCCUCUAGGUGCUGAAUCUUGAUCCUUUCCAAAAUGACUGCAAUGGGGUCUCCUGGGUUCCACAGCUGUUGAGUCGGGUCAGCAUUGACCAUGUGGUGACUUGAGGAGUUCCAGGCAACAGGGCAAACUGGAAUCUUUCUUGAUGCUGUUAUUCUCAUAAAGAGAUAAAAGUGACAUAGUAUACGUUUAUAUAGCAAAGUCUGUUUUUAAUACCCAAUAGUUUAUAUCUGUAUGCGAUGUAUUUCCACUAAUAUGGUUCUUGGUGAUGUAUGUAGAGACUUGGAGAAUGUGUUAGCAUCCUUGACGUUGUGCAUUAUGGCACUACAUUCUCAACAGUGAUGUCCCUCUUCCCCCCAGCUUUUAAGGCGCUUCCCAAGAUUAGGUUCCCCUGUUCCCUUGUAAUUUCCUUUCCGUGGGUAGCAGAGAAGGUUGGUUGUUUGGUUCUUUAUUUUUCAGUCAUACUGUUAAAAUGAAAAAUUUCUGUUAAACUCGCUUAUCGUUCGUUCACUUGACUGAUCUCUUCAAAGUGUUUGACCAGUGAUGCUGUGAGUUCCAGAAGAUCUUUGCUGAAGAGUCUUUUCCCCUGUUGUGCAUCCAUUGUCAGUAUUUUAUAUUGAAUAUAUGAAAGACAUUAAAGUCCUGAAAUACCCAAA